AUGUUGGGAGAUAAAUCUCACGGUGUGACUCUGAAGGUUAUGGAAUACACAUACGACGAUGACCUGGAAGAGCUGUGUCCUGUGUGCGGAGACAAAGUGUCCGGCUAUCACUACGGUCUGCUCACCUGCGAGAGCUGCAAGGGCUUCUUCAAGAGGACAGUGCAGAACAACAAAAGGUACACAUGUGCGGAGAACCAGGAAUGUAAAAUAGACAAAACCCAGAGGAAGAGGUGUCCUUUCUGCCGCUUCCAGAAGUGCCUCAGCGUCGGGAUGCGACUAGAAGCGGUGCGCGCAGACCGUAUGCGUGGGGGGAGGAAUAAAUUUGGCCCAAUGUACAAGAGAGACAGGGCCUUGAAGCAGCAGAAGAAGGCUUUGAUACGAUCCAGCGGCUUCAAGCUGGAGAGCGCAGUUCCUCCACCGACCUCUCCUCUGCAGACCGACUACAGCUUCAGCGGCACCCUGCACAGCCUGCCCACCAUCUCCAAAAGCCUGCUCCCCUCCACCCCGAGCUCCAUCGCCCCCACAGACUACGAGGCCAACCUCUAUGGACCCCCCUCCCUGGGCAUGGCCAUGCAGUCCCACGUGUCCAUCACCACUCAGUACCAGUACACAGCCUUCCCCAGCAGGGCCAUCAAAGCUGAGUGUCCCGACUACACCAGCUCCCCCGAGUCUCUGACAGGAUACACCUACCCAGACAUGUACCCCUCUGCCUCACCACAGCCCCCCAGCCUUCCUCCGCUGGUGCUGGAGCUGCUGCGCUGCGAUCCAGACGAGCUGGUGGUGCAGAAUAAGAUCGUGACUCACCUGCAGCAGGAGCAAGGGGGCCGCGGCCGCCUGGACAAGCCCAGCAACUUCAGCCUCAUGUGUCGCAUGGCGGACCAGACCCUCUUCUCCAUAGUGGAGUGGGCUCGGAGCUGCAUCUUCUUCAAGGAGCUCAGGGUGGGAGAUCAAAUGAAGCUGCUCCAUAACUGCUGGUCUGAACUUCUGGUCCUGGAUCACAUUUUCAGACAAGUGCAACACGGACAGGAAGACAGUAUCCUGCUGGUGACCGGCCAAGAGGUGGAGCUGUCGUUCGUCCUGUCCCAAGCUGAGGCCACUCUGUCCGGUCUGGUCCAGAGGGGUCAGGAGCUGGCGGCGAGGCUGCGGGCGCUGCAGGUGGACCGCAGAGAGAUCGCCUGUCUGAAAUUCCUCCUCCUUUUCAACCCAAACGUGAAGCUCCUGGAGGACCAGGCGUUUGUGGAGGGCGUCCAGGAGCAGGUGAACGGGGCUCUGCUGGAGUACACUCUGUCCACCUACCCUCAGUUCCAGGAGAAGUUCACCCAGCUGGUGGUGCGUCUGCCGGAGCUGCGCUCUCUGAGCUCGCAGGCCGAGGACUACCUGUGCUACAUGCACCUGAGCGGAGAGGUGCCCUGCAACAACCUGCUCAUCGAGAUGCUGCACGCAAAACAAGCGUGUGUGUGAGGGAUGCUCUGCUGUCAUGUGUGUGUGUGUGUGUGUGUG